AUGUCACUCCUGUUGUUCGACCCAUUCCGCUCCAACGCCGGUUACCACCUCAGCCCCUUCCAAGGACUGUUAGGCGAACUUCAGCGCAUGGAACGCGAACUUGGCCAAUGGGACUACACCGACGGCUUUGCCUACACCUGCAACGUUCAAGGAUUCCGCCCCGAAGAGAUCGAAGUCCACCAUGAAGGCGACUCCGUUACCAUCUCCGCUCAUCACAAGCAAUCCGGACGUCACGAGCACUACGAGAAAAGUCUGAAGCGCACCAUCAGAAUCCCCGAAGGCUUCAACAAGGACCACGUUCAGUGUGACAUCAACGAGAAGGGCGAGCUUAUCGUCAAGGUCCCGAAGCUGGCCGAAGCCAACAAGCCCGAGAAGCGCUCCAUCCCCAUCAACUUCAAGCAGAGCAAGCCUGUCGAGAACAAGUGA